GUAUUCUGUUCCUGCUGAGGAAAAGACUAAGCUUGAUAAAGUGGUGCACACACUGCUACAGGCCAACGGCACGCCGGGACUGGAAAUGCUGGAGAAGAACAUUAUGAUUUCUCCAGAGGUGCUUUGUCGUGAGGGGAUCAAGGUCCACCGCACGGUCCAGCAGAGCGGGCAGUUUGUGGUGGUGUUCCCCGGUGCAUUCGUGUCCAGGGUGUGCUGUGGCUACAGUGUGUCUGAAACUGUGCACUUUGCCACGCCACAGUGGAUGAACCUGGGCUACGAGGCUGCUAAGGACCUGAAAUGCAGGCACAUAGCAAAACCCUUCUCUAUGGAGAAGCUACUCUACCAGAUCGCCACAGCCGAGGCCAAACGAGAAAACAGACUUGUGCUCAGUACAAUCUCUUCUCUUCUCAAAGAUCUCAGGAACAUAGAGAUGAAGCAAAGGCAGGAUCUGUAUGAAGCAGGGCUGCUCUCCUCCGCACGCUACUGCACUCACGACAACAACCAAUCACCCGCUGACACCAGGAAGAAACCGUGCAAGUGGCUGGCGCUGGAGUCAUCCGAGAGACGCUGCCAAACGUGCCAGCACCUCUGCUACCUAUCUAUGGUGAGAUUCAGCUCAGAUGAUACUGUACUGUAGAUCUCAAUAUAGUAUAUACUUUACCAACAAAGUAAGGCUCUGUCCUAGUUGGAAUGCUUAUCCUGCGCUCUAACUGUAUAUACUUCUCGGGGGGUGGAAGUAAAUACUAUUAGAUGUAUAAUAACUGGGACCUACAAGUGCAUUUAUACUUUUGGCUUGAUAACACACAGAUGCCAUUUUCACUUAUUAUCUUAGGAUACGUUAUUAUCUCACUUUUACAUUCAUAUUAGUCCAACUCCCAUAUUAGCCCAAAAAGCAUUUUUGAAAAAUC